GCAUAUAAGCCGUCUUCUGGACCUGAUAACAUUUCGGGAAAACACAGAAGAGGAAAGAGCGGAUAAUCUAUGUGCUUUAAUAUUGACUGACUCUUGCACUCGGUGCACGAGGGCCUUUCUUAUCGCCGUCAUCAUCUCUGAAGAGGGAGGACAAAUAUCUACACUUAUAGCACAAUCUUAUCAACAAAACAAUCUAUUGUCUGCGCGCAGGGGGGUCACACGGCUCAUCGUGCAAGAGAUUUUUAGCGUUUAAAUCAGAAUCUUUCAGAGUUGCAGAGUUUGCUUUAAUAACCUAAUUAUACAUUUUGACGACUCUUAAGAUAACCAGUAAUUUUGCGUAAUUGCAGGGCUACAUGUGGGUCUUUGAACUGAUAGUUAGGCUAACUUGGGUGCCCAAAAAGUAAACAGCAAAUUGUCUGACGGCAACUAGCCUAUAUUAAUGGUUUGGAGGACCAAUUAAAAUGUUUUGUGUCCAAAACCAAAGAGAAGAAAAUAGUUAAUUUGGAAUUCUAUAAAAUACAAGAAAUCCUUUGAGAUUACCUGUGCCUGAACAGAUUCAAGGUAUUUGGGAUAGAAUAGGCUCUGGUAAAUCACAAAACAGACUGAAAAUGAUGCUGAGUCCAGACCAGACUGACUCGGACCUCGCAUGGGGUCAGUCCGACCCAGAGUCAGUGCUGAAUGACAUCAAGGUUGGAUGCCUGUCCGACGAGCCCAUGGAGGGGGAGGGGAAGACGAGGUCGCUGGCCCCCCCGGCCCUCAGCAGGGAGGAGAAAAGGAGGAGAAGGCGCGCCACAGCAAAGUACCGCUCGGCCCACGCCACGCGCGAGAGGAUCCGCGUGGAAGCUUUCAAUGUUGCCUUCGCUGAACUGAGAAAAUUGCUGCCGACUCUGCCCCCUGAUAAGAAGUUGUCCAAAAUUGAGAUUCUGAGACUUGCAAUAUGUUAUAUCUCUUACCUAAAUCACGUUUUAGAUGUGUAGCCUACAGUCAAAAGGCAGAGGUUAUCUGGUGCC